UAUUUGGCAAUUUUCCAUAACUUGCUUUUGCCGGUUGCUUAUGAAUUCAAUCCUCAGUUAGUGAUUGUUUCCGCCGGUUAUGACGCGGCCAUCGGUUGUCCUCAGGGGGAGAUGUGCUUAACUCCAGCGCUUUAUUCCCAUUUGUGUCACUCUCUGAUGUCUCUCGCGGGCGGAAAGCUAUGCGUCGUCUUAGAGGGCGGUUAUUGUAUUCCUUCAUUAGCCGAAAGCGCAGCACUCACUUUGCGGACACUUAUAGGCGAUCCCUGUCCUGCCAUUGAAGACUUGACUCCACCCAAAGAGUCAUUAGUGAAGUCUGUAUUGGAUGUGAUCUGUGUAUUGCGUCCGUAUUGGAAGUGUCUACAAAUGCAGGGCGUCUUCGAUAGGCAUUCUGAGAAUGAGUCGUUCAGAAGAGAACACUUCCCAAAGAUGAAGUCUGUAUUGGAUGUGAUCUGUGUAUUGCGUCCGUAUUGGAAGUGUCUACAAAUGCAGGGCGUCUUCGAUAGGCAUUCUGAGAAUGAGUCGUUCAGAAGAGAACACUUGCCUUUCGUUGAAUAUAAGGGCAAAAUGGCGUUAAUAGCGAAGCCAACUAAAUAUCCGACUCGUGAUUGUUAUCCCAUACAAAAUGCAGAGAAAACGUCUCAGCUUUUGAAUGAAAUCAAUCGUUUGAUAGCAAUAACUGAUUUGUCGCUUAAAUUUACAAAUAACAAGACAUGUAUUGCUUAUGACGAAGACAUGAAUAAACACAAGUGUUGGACAACACAUCCGGAACGGCCCUCAAGAACCAAAUAUAUAAUUGAAAAGUUAAAAUCAGAUAAAUUGUACGACAAAUGUCUGAAAUUGGAUACAAGAUAUGCCACCGAAGAUGAAUUAAGUUUAGUUCACAGCAAAGAAUACAUUGAAAUCAUAAAAUCAACUGAAAAAUUAUCGGAGAAGGAGUUGAGAAAGUUAUCGAAUACAUACGAUUCCGUGUAUUUGACUCGAGAGACAUACAGUGCGGCUAAACUGGCCGUCGGUAAUGUCCUUCAAGUGGUCGAUUCGGUUCUCACAGACCAAUGCCUCAAUGGCUUUGCAUGCGUUAGUAAACUGAAUAAUAAU